CCGUAAACAUGGCUGCCUGCAUGUUGAGCCUAUAGGACAAUAUUGUUGGUGUGAAAUGGAUACUUCAGCAAUAUUUCCCUGCUGGGCCUUUAUAAUCAUGUGUCUUAUUACUGUAGAUUUUACGUCUUCCGAAACAAUCGCGGAAGAACUAGUUACAGUGUCAGAAACCGAUACGCUUGCGUCGUCUGAUUCGGAGAGCUCAAGCUGUGGAUGUGACUCCUUGAAAAGAGAUGGGGUUGUUAGUAUUGAUAGAGAAACCUCUUUGUUAUCUGACCAAGCGGCUGUAAAAUACUCUAAAAAAGCUAACGAUGGAAUGGAAGUAAGCCAAGGGUACAACCAAGACCUAUACAUUCCCGACAAGAUGGUGUUGAUCCCAGCUGGAGAAUUCUUGAUGGGUACAGACAACCCUGAGAUCCCACAGGAUGGAGAGGGACCACAGCGCAGGGUUCACCUUGAGCAGUUCUAUAUGGAUAUUCAUGAGGUCAGCAACCAGGAGUUCCAGAAGUUUGUCAACGCUACCAGCUAUGUCACAGAGGCAGAAAAAUUUGGAGACUCCUUUGUAUUUGAAGGUUUACUGAGUGAAGCUGUAAAAAAACAAAUUUCGCAAGCGGUGGCUGCUGCCCCCUGGUGGUUGCCAGUGAAAGGGGCAGACUGGAGGCAUCCGGAGGGCCCAGACUCCACCAUCACAGAUAGGCUGGACCACCCUGUGCUCCAUGUCUCCUGGAGCGACGCCGAUGCCUACUGCACCUGGGCUGGGAAGAGACUGCCAACCGAGGCAGAGUGGGAGUAUGCAUGCAGAGGAGGGCUCGACAACAGGCUUUUCCCCUGGGGUAACAAACUGCACCCCAAAGGCCAGCACUACGCUAACCUGUGGCAAGGGGAGUUCCCCAGUCAGAACACAGGAGAGGACGGCUACACCCAAACAUCACCGGUGAUGUCAUUUCCUGCCAAUGGAUACGGGCUGUACAACAUGGUGGGCAAUGCCUGGGAGUGGACCUCUGAUUGGUGGAUUGUCCAUCACACCUCUGAUGAGCUUCACAACCCAAAGGGGCCGGAAACGGGCACAGACAGAGUGAAGAAGGGGGGUUCCUACAUGUGCCACAAGUCAUACUGCUACAGGUACAGGUGUGCUGCCCGGAGUCAGAACACCCCUGACAGCUCCGCCUCCAAUUUGGGCUUCCGCUGUGUUUCCAAGAAUGAACGGUGACCCUGGGAGAGAGCUGGAAGAAGAUUUUCCUCUGCCUAACCCUGUACCUAGCUUCUGCUGAGGCCUUGUGCGCUUCAGGUCACCAUCCUGUGUAAAGGGCUCCACGGCAAGGCCCUGUCCAGCGAUGUUACCAGACAUUCCCUCUGAGCGUGGUUAAGUGAGGGAUGACUACACGUCAAUGACAGUGGCCCCUCUGCCUCUCCCCUGCCCCUCCCCUGCCCAGCCACAUCACUGCUUUCCACUGUACUAUAAGUGUGUAUAUUUGCCAGGCGUUUUAUUUUUCUAUGAAUAAAAUAAUGUAAUCAU